AGAAGCUGCUGUCAGCACACCUGUGAACUACGCCCAUCUUUGCCUGUUCUAGUUUCAGUCGAGAGUGCAGGAAAUGGCAGCCACAACUAUUUCUGUAGAGCAGGACCAGUUCUGUUGUUCUGUGUGCCUGGAGGUGUUAAGAGACCCGGUGACGAUCCCCUGUGGACACAGCUACUGCCUGGAGUGCAUUGAAGACUACUGGAACGGGGCCAAGCAGAAAGGUCAGUGGAGCUGUCCUCAGUGCAGGCAGGUGUUCAACCCGAGACCCCUCCUGAGCAGGAACACUGUUCUGGGUGAAUUGGUGGAAAAGCUUCAGAAAACCGGAUUUCAGGCCGAAACUCAACAAUCCACCAAACCAGAGGAGGUGAAAUGCACUUCAUGUACGGGGAGAAAAAGCAAAGCCGUGAAGUCAUGCCUCGUGUGCGUGGGGUCGUACUGCGCCUCUCACCUGAAAGUACACGAAGAACGCUUUCGUGGAAAAGGACAUAAGCUGAUCCCACCUUCGGAUCAGCUGAAAGAGAAGCUGUGCCCACAACAUGAUAAGUUACUGAGGCUGUACUGUCACAAUGACCAGCACUGUGUGUGCUCGCAGUGUGUUAAAGAGAGCCAUAAGGGCCAUGAAACUGUCUCCGUGGUGGACGAGAGGGCAAAACAGCAGAAAAAACUCCAGGAGACCUCUUUGAAGUCUGUGCAGAAACUGAAGGAAACUGAGAAGGAACUAAGAUACAUAAUCAGAUACAUCAAGCACUCCACGGAGGCUGCACUGGAGGAGAGUGAGAGGAUUUUCUCCAAGCUGAUCCGAUCCAUCGAGAAACAGAACAGCGAGGUGAAGGAGCUGAUCAGAGUCCAGGAGAAAGCAGCCGUCAAUCAGGCUGAGGAGGAGCUGGAGAAGAUACAGAAGGAGAUGGCCGAGCUCAAGAGGACCGGCGCUGAGCUGGAGAAGCUUUCUCACACCGAAGACCACAUCCACUUUCUUCAGAAGUGCAAGUCUCUUCACUUCCCUACAAAGUCGGUGGAGAUGCCCAGCACUGAUGCGCUUCAUUAUUUGAUGUAUAAAACCACGAGAGGGGCGCUGGUUAACCUGAAGGAUAAUCUGGAUGAAACACUUCAAAAAGAAUUCUCCAAAAUAUCUGAAAAGGUCACUUUACUGAAAGAAAGCAGUAAGAACAACUCUGAAAAAACUAAAGUUAAAGAUGCUGACAUACCCUACAACUUAGAACCAAAGAUGAGAGCAGAUUUUCUUCAAUAUUACAACGAUCUAAUCCUGGACCCGAACACUGCCAACUCUUACUUGUGCUUCUCUGACGGGCGACGAGCGGUGACCACGCGCGCUGACCCGCAGCCCUACGCGGACCACCCAGACCGCUUCACCAGCUGGGCCCAGGUGCUGUGUAAGGCUGGGAUGGCCGGACGCUGCUACUGGGAGAUCGAGUGGACCGGAAACGGAGGGGUUUCCGUCGGCGUCUGCUACAAGAACAUGAGCCGGGCUGGAGGAGGGAGCGAGUGCAAGCUGGGGCACAACUCUAAAUCGUGGAGCCUGGACUGCUCACCCACAGCCUGUUCAUUUCAGCACAAUAAGGAGAGCAUGACUAUCAGUGCCCAGUGUGCUAGCAGAAUAGGAGUGUAUCUAGAUUUCAGGGGUGGGACUUUAUCCUUCUUCAAUGUUUCUGAUGCAAUGGUUCUGCUUCACAAAGAGAAGACCACAUUCACGCAGCCUCUAUACCCUGGAUUCUGGGUGGGGCUGGGCUCUACUUUGAAGCUGUGCUCAAUUUAACAUGUGAAGACGGGCAGAAUAAUUCAU